CCACCAUGGACUCCUGAAUGAUACCGCAACCCCUCAUCGUGGCAAUGAAUCACAUCGUGCGUCGUGGAGGGUGGCGGCCGGGAUAGCUGUUCACUGCUCGGGCUGUGUCUGUGUGGGUACGUGGGGAGGCUGGAGCCAGUGCGGGACACGGUGGGAGGGAGAGAAAAGGGAGGGAGUGGGAGACCCCCCCUUGUGACGUGCUCCCUGCGCCGGGAUGGGGUUGGGCGCCAGAGCCGCUCCCCCACAUCCAGGGAUCAACCCAUUCUCUCCGGCGGGGGGGGGGGGGUUGGGAUCGGCGCGAGCCUCAGCCAGGCUUAUCCACAUCACGGCGGCGUCUCUCCGCCAUCGGCAUCACCACCGCCAUCGCUACCACGGCGCGCUCGUGACGCUUCGGAAUUACCAGGGGUCACCUCCACCCUCCUCUACUCCCAUCCCAUCCUCCCUCCCGUCUCACACCCCUGCCCACCACCACCACCACCCAACCGACCCCUCUCUACCGCCCACUUCCACACCCCGCUCCACGCCCCCGUUGUCUUUGCCAGAAUAAAAGCAAAGAAACUUUGAAUUUGGCUUCAUCGCGGGCGCGCACGUGGGAUUGAGGCUCGCGUCUCUGCGCACAGCGUUGAACGGCUACAGAAUUUCGACUUUUUUAUUCGUUUUUGUUGUUUUGUUUUAACACAUUUCGUGGCUCAACUUUUCCGAAGCUCUGCCAUUCUGUAGACAGUAGCGUUGCUGGAAUUCACAAUUCAGCGCAGCCGACAAAUUUAGCCGGUCACUCCUGCCAGCCACCCUCUAAUUCAACCAGGCAGGAUAAUACAAGAAAGUCACCGCAUCCAAUACGGAAAACGCAGGCACGAGGGGACGAGCGAACAGAAGCGCUCUUGCUCGCGUGGAGUGGGAGAAGACAGAGGACGGAAUCGACGCGCUCCAAAGCCUUCAUCAGCACCAACGCCGUUGUUAUCCAACGCCUCUUUCACUCUAAUUGUAGCGCAGCACCUGGACUUUACAACAUUAAUCACUCGGUGCAGCAAGCGCUGCACCGAGUGAUGUGAAUGUGUUGCGGACACUGCGCGACUGGGAGCUCUUUCCGUGUUGACUGGAACCCGCAAACGCUCUGCGUGCCGCCUGCCUCGCACUCCUCCCUCCGUCUCUCCCCCUCGUCUCUCUCUCUCUCCGCCCUUCCGUCGCCUCCCAACGUCUCUCGGGAGGACCCACAGCGCGGCUGCUUCAGAGACGCCGCUUGUGCGAUGGAGGUCAUCGCGUGUGUCGCUCUCGUUGUGAUCUUCCUGACAGCGGCCGGGGCAGCUAGGAGCGAUUUGACGACGUGCGGGGGCCCGGUCACCGUGUUGGGACCGGGCAACAUCUCGUCCCCUGGUUUCCCAAAUGAGUACCUCCCUCGGCAACACUGCGAGUGGGUCCUGCGGGCCCCGGGCCCCGAUCAGCGCCUGUCCGUCAUCUUCAACCCUCACUUCGACCUGGAAGGACACAACUGCAGGUUUGACUAUGUGGAGCUGCGGGACGGUGAUGGGCCCUCGGCUGACAUCAUCGGUCGCUACUGCGGCAUGGUGGCACCAGGCCUGCUCGUGUCGUCGGGCUCCGCACUCUUCGUGCGCUUCGAGUCGGACUAUGCGCACCAGGGCGCCGGCUUCUCGCUCCACUAUGAGAUUCACAAGUCGGUUUCAGGUUCCGACGACUGCUCGUGGAACUUCACGGCACCCUCCGGGGUUCUCUCGUCACCCGGCUUCCCGGACAAGUACUCGCACUACCUGGAGUGCACCUACACAGUGUGGGCGGGGCCACGGCGCGACCUCGUGCUCCGCUUCACACACUUUCAUGUUGAGGGAGUCAGCAGAGGCCCCCCUGGAGCGGGGCCCAACCCCCACCUGGCCGGGGGAGUGACCGACUGCCCCUACGACCGUCUGGAGGUGUGGGACGGCCUGUCGAACGUGGGCCCCCUGAUUGGGCACUACUGCGGACGGCGUGCGCCCUGGGUGCUGCGCUCCUCCACGGGCGUGCUCUCCCUGCGCUUCUUCACCGAUGCCGCCGUGGCACGCGACGGCUUCUCCGCCAACUACACCACGAUGCCAAAGAACCUGACUGAGGGGUUUGAAUGCUUCAAGCCGCUUGGAAUGGAAUCGGGAGAAAUCGAGGAUGAGCAGAUCAUGGCCUCCUCCUCCUUCGUCUCGGACCACUGGGGCCCCGAACUGGCUCGUCUCAACAACCAGUACAAUGGCUGGACGCCCGCUUCUGACCUCUCACGCGAGUGGAUACAGGUGGACCUGCGCUUCGUGCGCGUGCUGAGCGGGGUGGCCACGCAGGGCGUUAGCUCCAACGCCACGGGGCGGCCGUAUUACGUGACGUCGUACCGCCUGGAGUACAGCACCUCAGGGGACGACUGGACCGUGUACCGCGAUGACAAGAAGAGCAAGGAGUUUGUGGGCAACCAGGAUGCGAACUCGGUGGUGCUGAACCGCCUGGCGGAGGUGGUGAUCGCACGCUACGUGCGCAUCAAGCCCCUGCGGUGGGUGGGGGGCAUAGCACUCCGCCUUGAGCUCUACGGCUGCCAGGUCACAGACGGGCCAUGCUCGGAGUUGCUGGGGCUCACGUCAGGGCUGAUCCCAGACAGGCAGCUCACGGCCUCCUCCAGCCUGGACAUGCGCUGGGGCGCAGCCAGCGCUCGCCUACUGGGGGGGCGCUAUGGUUGGGCGCCGGCGAAUCCCAACGCGCACGGGCAGUGGCUGCAGGUGGACCUGGGACAGCCACGCACGGUGACGGGGGUCAUGCUGCAGGGGGCCAAGGGGGUCCUUGUGGGGCACCACUCGUCACCUGUUGGCAUCGCGAGCCAUGGCCACGGCCCCCAGGACACCAAGGCCUUUGUGCGGCGGUUCCGCCUGGCGCAUAGCAUGGACGGCGUGACAUGGACUCGCUCUCGCACAUCGGACGGAAUCUACAAGUACUUCGUGGGAAAUUCGAAUGCGGACAAGCCGGAGCUGCGUCAGGUGCGGCCCGUGCAGGCGCGCUUUGUGCGGCUUUACCCCGAGAAGUGGUCCCAGAACGGCAUUGGCCUGAGGCUCGAGCUGCUGGGCUGCCCCGCGUCCGGCCACGUUCAAGGAGUGAGCCCAGUCGCUGCAGCCCAGGAUCCCAGCCUGCACUCCUCACCCUGUCUCGAUUGCCCCACAAAGAGACCCUCUCUCGGCAACAGCUCCAGCCACACAGGUGCGAAAGAUUUGAGAGGCAAUGAUGAUGAUGAUGAGGAGCAACAAAGUCCAUCUUCCAUCACGAGUAAUCCGGCCAAGGUGACUCAGAGCGGCUGGGUUGUCGGGAGACGAGGAGCCGGAACCGCCAACCCCUCUGCCUUUAACUCUGCCACGCCGCCCCCAACGGACCCCUGGGCUGCUAGCGACGACAAAGCGGACGACGUCCUGCAGAGCCUCGACCCAUUCCUGAUCACCGUGAUCACACUGAGCACGCUCGGCGUGCUGCUGGGCACCGCGUGUGCGGGACUGCUGCUCUACUGCACGUGCUCGCGCCUGGGCCUGUCCAUCCCCGGCGUGCACCACCACCCGAGCCUCUCGGCCGUGCUGGAGGCACACGAGAUGCGGCACGCGCGGGACACGGCCGCGACCACAGGCGCCGCCACCACAGGGGCCGCCACCAUGACCCACAGCAAUGGCAACAGAGUGGGAGGUGGCGGGAACCCGUACAUGGAGAAGUUCAUCUCUCGGAAGGACUCCUCGCUCGCCUGACCACGGGUGUACCGUGUGACGUCCACCGCCAAAAUGCUCUUACUGUGGAGACAAAUGACCUUUGCAUAACCUCUCGUGACCUCUGCUGACCUUGUGUGACUUUGAGAAGAGAGUCACGGUGGUCACGUUCAGGAGACAAUUCUAAUUUAUUUGCACUGCAGCCUUAAUUAAUAAAAAAUUCAAGUACAAAAAAUUGUGACCCUGAUGGGAUGUGUGCAAAUAAGAACUGAAAUUGCAAUCAAGUUUUAAUAAAAUCUAAGCGUUAUUUAAUUCUUAAUAUAAUCAAAAAUUUGUAAAAAGCAGGUGCAAAUAAUAGACUCGUGUAAAUAGUUUUCCGUGCCCGUGGUUGCACGUGCCAAGGGUUGUGCACAAUUAAACAUAUGGACAUGCGUACAUGCGCACACAUCUUCGUAAGGAUAAUUCAUAUUCAGAACUAUAAGGAUGCCCAGCUAUAUGAGGACACAGUAUGUAAUUUUGGGAAUAAAAAAACACUUCUUCCACUUUAAGUUACUCUACCUCGUGACUCACUGAAUAAUUAAAAGUGUAACCUUUCCAAAUUAUAACUUGUUGUGACAUCAUAACUGUUGGUCAUUUGUAAACGAUUGUAAUAUUAAAUCCAUUAGCUCACAAACGCUUGCAAAAGUGUCUCAAGUGUGGAACAAACUGUUUAGAUUUGUCCACCCUGGCCCCACUUCCCUCGUAGUGAACAGCUUUGUUUUGAAGUCAACUGGCAAUGCCCCAGCAGAGGUAACUUUUGGCUCGAUUUAAAUCUCAUCUCGCUCCAGAUCUGGUUGCCAAUAAUAUUUGCUAUAGCUUUGUACCGAUAGCUAGCCUGACGCUUUGGAGAGCCACUGGCAUUCUUGGACACAAGCCAUUCCCGAGAAAACACGUUGCCCCACAUUCCCUAUUCAAGUUGCCAAGCACCGAAUGUUAACUUGAAAUUCGACAAUUUUAUAAACGGUCACACUUUGAAAACGUCGUAUUUUCUUCGCUCGUCUUCUUGAUCCCCAAGCCGUUCACUGCCCGGAGCGCCGUACAUGGUGAGAAGAGUCUCUCUAGAAUUCUGUUUCCGGAAAAUUGGCGAGAGGCCAAAGGCGUAUGCUCUGAAAUAAAUAAACAAAAAUCUGCCAAAUCACCAGAAAUUCUUCAGGCAAUUUUAAGACAGUUGAAAUAUUUUGUGACAGCUUGAAUAUUCUGUGAAUAUAGCCAAAAACUUAUUAUCUCAACGCUCUGAAAAUUCAGGCAGUAGCCAUUUAGACUGCCAAACAAUUAAAAAAUCUUGCGUGAAUUGUUGGGUUCUUAAAGAGUCAAAACGUAGUUUGAUUUAGUGCAUUGUGGGAGUAAACCUAUAUCACCUACGGUAUCCCGCACCACCCGUUGUUUUGUUCUGAGUGACCACUUCACACACGCAUGCAUAGACGCACGCGCGAGGCUUCGUUAGGACGCACGGAGUAGUGUUACGGGCCGCCGGCCUUUGUGCCGGACAUACUGUCCUCUUGGGGGGGGGGGGGGGGGGGGGAAACUCUUGCGAAGAAAGGAAACGAAGUGAAAACAAUCGAGGAAUGCCGCGGCACGUGAAUGGACUUGCUGAAUUCCUUACGGACUUUUGCGGCCUUGGACCAAAGGAACUCUAGCCACAUAUUGGGCGUCUUUAUUUUCAUUAUUUAAAAUGUUUAUUCUCCAUUGAGAAUAUUUUUACAGCAAGAAUAAACUGUGCUGUGACUAACUUUUUUGCGCAUGGUUUCCUGGUGAUGUGGAUAAACGCCGUCUGCAAUGCAUCAAUGUCCUAACACAAAAUUUCCCUCUAGAACUUGUAGGAGCUCACAGCUUGCCUUACUGAUCAAAUGACUGCUUUUCGUAAUUUAAUGCCUAGUAUUUAUGAAAAAAUGAUUGCCUUUUUUUCUUGUGUGUGUGAUUACGAUGCACUUUUGAAUGUUACAAAAAAUGGUUCUGAUUUAGCUUGCAGGGAACGGUGGGAAAGAGGCCUAAGAUCUCUGUCAUGCAGUUGGGUUGAGGUUUUGUGCCUCGGCUCAAGAUUGGGAUAAUUUUGAGAGGAGUGUAUGUUGGGUACACAACGUGGUGCUGGCUGGUGAUGUCAAUAAUGGUUUAUUCUUCUUGUAAGCAGCACUUUGUGCCAUGUAGGAUGGUUGAGGAAGGAGCAGAUGUUUUAAAUGCUUAAAAAAAUGUUUUAUCCAAUGUUGCAAAUGCUUACUUUUCCAGUAAAAAGCAAUAUUGUGACUUAAUAAUCAUAUCAAACCCACGCCAAAAGCCACUAUUAAUCUUGACGUGUGUCCUAAUUAAACCUCUUUGACUGUACCAUGCCAUUAAAGUACCCGAUAAAUUGCAUUUUCCAACAUUAUCGUGGGGUUUAAUGCCAUGAAAUUGUCCACCAAUAUGUCUUAUAAGUAUGCACAAGUGAGGCAUUGGAAGUCCUAUUUCUACACGAUUUACGUACAGCCAUUUAAUUUUUCUUUUUAAUUUCGCCAUGUUUGGUAUGGAGCAGUACCCAUUUCCAGACAAUAAACCAUUGACCAAAAUGUGCUUAAGUGUGUUGUGAAGAAAUAAUGCACGGAUAUCAGCGUGUGCAGAUGUGCAUGUUAAAUUAAUUUUGUUUUUACUGGAACAGCCACUUAGUGGGUCAGCAUGUGUAAAUUCGGCAAGUGACGAUGCAUUGUUUUAUCGAUGCAAAUCGGUUCCUACACUAAUGAUAUAUGUAUUCCAUUGUACGUAAAUAAAUGGAUCAUUUAUGGUAAUUACA